AUGGGGCAAGGUCCACUGGGAUUGUCGGGCAACGACAAAUUGGGACGAAAGAAGGAUGACAAGAAAAAGGAAAAGCCGAAAUAUGAACCACCCGUGGAAUCGAAGUUUGGCAAGAAGCGCAGAAAGGGUCCCGACACCGCUGUCAAGCUUCCUGCUGUGUACCCCAACACCAGAUGCAAACUUAAGCUUUUGAAACUCGAAAGAAUCAAGGACCAUUUAUUGUUAGAAGAGGAGUUUGUCACUAAUCAGGAAGCUUUCCGCCCCACCGAAGCAAGACAAGCUGAGGAACGCGAGAAGGUUGAUGAAUUGCGUGGUUACCCCAUGACCAUUGGCACUCUUGAAGAGAUCAUUGAUGAUGACCAUGCCAUUGUGUCACUGACGGCAGGAUCCGAGUAUUACGUGAACAUUCUUUCGUUCGUUGACAAGGGUCUCCUCGAGCCUGGGUGCUCGGUGGUGUUGCAUCACAAGACUGUGUCCAUUGUCGGUGUGUUGCAAGACGAUGCCGAUCCCAUGGUUUCAGUAAUGAAGCUUGACAAAUCGCCCACUGAGCUGUAUGCCGACAUCGGUGGGUUGGAAUCUCAAAUCCAAGAAAUCAAAGAAGCUGUCGAAUUACCACUUACACAUCCUGAACUCUAUGAGGAAAUGGGUAUCAAACCUCCCAAGGGGGUGAUUUUAUAUGGGGCACCAGGUACGGGUAAGACUUUACUCGCAAAGGCAGUUGCCAACCAGACCUCGGCCACGUUCCUCCGAAUGGUGGGGUCGGAACUUAUUCAAAAGUACUUAGGUGAUGGUCCCCGUUUGUGUCGGCAAAUUUUCCAGAUUGCUGCUGAACACGCCCCCUCCAUUGUUUUUAUCGAUGAAAUCGAUGCCAUUGGUACUAAGAGAUACGAAUCUAGUUCUGGUGGGCAGCGUGAAAUUCAGCGAACGAUGUUGGAGUUGCUUAACCAGCUUGAUGGGUUUGACGAUCGAGGUGACAUUAAAGUCAUCAUGGCUACUAAUAAGAUCGAGCUGUUAGACCCGGCACUCAUCAGACCGGGUAGAAUCGAUAGAAAGAUCUUGUUUGAAAACCCCGACGCCGGCACCAAGAAAAAGAUUUUGACAAUCCACACCUCGAAGAUGAACUUGGCAGAGGACGUCAAUUUGGAUGAGUUAGUCACCCUGAAGGACGACUUAUCUGGUGCUGACAUUAAGGCCAUGUGUACCGAGGCGGGUUUGUUGGCUUUGCGUGAAAGAAGAAUGCAGGUCAAAAUGGAUGAUUUCAAACAAGCGAAGGAACGUGUGUUGAAGAACAAGGUGGAAGAAAACUUGGAAGGCUUAUACCUUUAG